AUGGAUUUCUGGAACAAGGCUCGGAGCUUCGCUGAGGAAGCAGCGAAACGAUCGUCGGAGCUUGCUAUGGGCCCCGCGAAGCUCGGCGAUAUAGUAACGGACGCCAUGAAACGGUCCAAGGAGAUCGCGGCUGAGGCGUCCAAACGGGCCGAAGAAAUCAAAGUCGAAGCCGCGAAGCAAGCCGAACUCAUCAAAUCGUCGCUCGCCGAGGGGGUCGUGCCUCCAGAAAACCCGGAGAUCCUGGUGGAACCGGAGAAGGAAUUGGAGAGGUUUGGAAUUACUGAAGAGUUGAGAGAUUUUGUUAAGGGGAUUACUAUGAGAACCUUUCAAGAGUUUCCUUUGCCCGGCAGUGGAAUUGAUAGCUCUGAAAAUUUACGAACUGAGAAAGAAAUUCCAACUUCUCAUUAUAUCAUAUGCUAUGGUACAAUCUUGAGUUUAUUUCAUGAACAUUUUCUAUCAACAGAUGAUUCCCCAAUGUCUGAUGUUCCCACGGUCUCAAAUGUAAGGCAGGAUCUUAAAGAGUGGCAAGAAAAACAUGCCAAGCUUGUAUUUUGA